GAAAGGGAAAAUAGAAAAGAAACAAGAACAAAAAGGGUAUACACAAAGAAAUAAAAAAAAUUUUGGUUGGAGAGGUGAGAAAGAGCGAGGCGCAGAGAGUGAUAAUAAAUAGAAGACGGAGAGAUAGAGGAAGUGGGUUAAGGUUAUUAUUUAUAUAUUUAAGAAGACUUGUUGUUUUUUAGCUUUCAGGGAGGCAACGAACGGCUUCUGUUUCCUGCAGUCAGGUGCAGCUACAGCUACAGGGAGGAGGAAGACAAUGACAAUAGAUGAUGAUAGGUCAAUUUAUAUAGGAGGACUCCCUUACAAUGCCUCCGAGGAUACUCUUCGCAGAGUCUUCAAUCUCUAUGGCUCCAUUGUUGCUGUUAAGAUUAUUAAUAACCAUGGGACAAGUGGAAAAUGCUAUGGCUUUGUCACUUUCAGAAAUCCUAGAUCUGUAAUUGAUGCCAUCAAUGACAUGAAUGGCAAGACUAUUGAUGGUCGAGUUGUAAGAGUAAAUGGAGUAACGAGUAGAAGUGGAAAAUCAAAUUUCACUGGAGAAGAUAUCCGAUCUCAUGUAGAGAGGGGUAGGGAAAGAGGUCGUGAAAGGGACUAUGAUCAUGACAGGCACCGACAAUGGCACAAUGACAGGUCUAGAGAGCGGGAUCGCUCUUGGGGCUAUGAUGAAGACAGUGAAAGAGGAUAUGAGCAUGCACGUCUUCAUGAUCGAGCAAGGGAUGGUUUCUAUGGUAGAGAUCGUAGCCGAGAGAGAGAAUUGGAGAAUAAUGAGCAAGAAAAAGAAUGGAAGAGUGAUAGGAAUAAGGAAAGGAGUCAUGAUCUUGAUGGGGAUCGAGAUUGGGAGAUGGGUGGAACCAAUGGCAAUCCUACAAUUGUUGACAAGGCCUCAGAUCAGAGCUCAAGGAAACUGAAUGGUUCCAUAUAUAAUGACCAGCAUAAAAGGGAAAUUUCAUCAUAUUCAAGUGAUGAUUACCAUGAUGAGGUGAAGGAAAAAUUUGAGAGAUCAACUAAGACGCAUGAUGAACUUAAAAACAAGGUUUCUCAUAUGGAGGAGAGGUUGGAAAAUAAACAGCAAUUUGUUUCAGAUUUACAGAAAAAAGCUCUGAUAUUAGAGGGUGCUUUGCUGACUGCAAAGAAGCUCUCCUCGCAACGUAGGAUGCAGUUGACCAAGCUACAAAAAUGUUUUCUGCAAGUGAAAGAAUACACCAACAGACUUAAAAGCUGUGAACAGGAACUUAAGGGUCAAGGGUGAUUGGGUCUUUUGAUAUAUAUACAAUAUAAUUAAAAUAAAAAAUAGGCUUGCUCGUGUUGGGAACACGCUAGCAAGUGGGUGCUGCCAGUACCUUUCAAGUGGCACGUGCGGUGCUGUGAAAAUUUCCAACACAGCUUUCUGAGGCGGUGUUCGAUGCGUCUCGACGCCCCUGUCACUGUGGUUGGGUGAGUUCCAUCAGAUGAGCGGCGGUUGAGUGCUAGCGGCAUGUUUUUUCUUCCUUCCCUCUUUUCUUUUCCUUCUCGAAAAACAUGUCGAACAUUGCAAAAAACAUAGAAGUCUGGUUACUUGUUUAUUGAAUCAAAUUAGGUCUUUAUUCUUUUGAUUGCAAUGCAUUUAGUCUUGAAUAAUUUGUUGAAUUAAUUUUUUUUUCAACUUCAUCUUUGACUUUUUAUUUUUAUAUCAAGUUUGAUCUUCAUUGUUUGGAUUGUUAUUUAUAUUUUUUCUUAACAUUUUCUUGAUUGAAAUUGUUUUUUAAUUUCAUCUCUCAUGAUUUGAUUUGAUUUAUUUGUGUCAAAUUUGGUCAUCUUUAUUUUCAAAUCAUAAUUUUUUUUCCUUUUUGAUCCUUUUUUUUUGUUUAAUUUGUUUUUUCAAUUUUAUCUCUAAUUAUUUUGAUUAGUUGAGAAUUUAACAUUGAAUUUUUUUUUGGGUUUGUCUUUUAUGCUACAAUCUGGCCUCAUAAUUUGUGUCACAAUUUUUUAAGAUUAGAUCGGGUUAACUUUAUUCUUUUUUAGGUUUUUUAAGUUUCAUCCCUCAAUAUUGAGUUUGUUAGAAAUUAAUAUUUGUUAUUUUUUAAACUUUAUUUUUUAUAGAGUUAUCCCGAUAUCAUGUCCUGGGUCAUUGAUUUAACAGGUUUAACAAAGUUUACUCGAGCCUUUUAUUUUCAUUGCUUUUUUUUUUUCAAUUUCACCUUUUGAUAUUAUGUUGGUUUGAGAAUUGUUAUUUAACUUGUUUUUUACAGCGGUUUCUUAAUUCCACGACUACGUUAUAGAUUUGGUGUGCUGAUUUAGACAGACUCGGGUCAAUUUCAUUUUUUUUUAAUUUUUUUCUUUUUGAUUUCCUCAUUUAACAUGUUAUUUACUGGAAAUUGAGAUUCAUAUUUUUUUUUCCAUGUAAUUUUCUAGUUCUCAUUUAAUUUACUUUGUUAACAGAUAAGAUCAUUGUGAUAUUUUAAGAAUAUUGUAAAAUAUAUUUUCAUAAUAUUAGCAAGCAUUAAUCUUUUGUAUUGAAUCAUUGUUGAAUUUUUUUUAUCACUUCGAUGCUGAUAUCUUCUCUAAUUAUAUUAUUAAAUUAGCCAUUAGCCAAGUUUAUUAAAUUCAUUUGAGUAAAUGACCACAAACCUUUUUUUCUUUUUCUUUUUAAGAAUGUUUACAUCAUCUUGAUCUUUUUUUACUUUGAAACAAAAAUAGGGUGUUAUGUGUGGAUAGUGUGGCCACCUAUCUAAUUCAAAUAUAGACAAUGUUGACUGUUUUAUGUGGUAACAGACACUGUUUUCAUGCAAAUUGUGUAUUCAUUUAAAGUACAACCAUUGUCACUUCGGACAGCAUUAUUGAGAUGAGGAGCAUGAGAUAAUUUAUACUCGCAACUGUUUACUUGCAAUGACUCCGUGGAGAUUGCUUAUAAAAUUUACAACGUUUCUACUUCAUUGUAUGAAA